AUGGCGGACACCUUGACUCUGAAUGUGGAAAGUUUUAAAGAAGCUGUUUCAAGCGUUUUAUCGUUUUUGGGAAUAGCAAAGUUGUAUCCGCACCAGGAGAACGCGCUUUUCCAGUUUUUGUCGCGGAAAGAUGUGUUCGUCAAUCUUCCGACGAGUUAUGGCAAGUCUUCGAUAUACCAAAUUGCCCCUCUCGUUGCGAGUAGACUUCGAGACUUUCCGGAACACUGUAUAAUCGUGGUUAUAUCACCAUUAGUCGCCCUAAUGCGCGAUCAAGUAGCCAGUCUUCAGAAGCAUGGCAUCGCUGCAGGAUAUGUCUUUGCAGAGCAGGAACAAACGAUUUUGACAGAUGUAGAAAGGGGCAAGUAUAACAUCGUGUUUGCCUCUCCGGAAUCUAUGCUGUCUGUGAAUCGGUGGAGGAGAAUGCUUACCUGUGAGUUAUACAAGAAACACUUAAUUGGGGUUGCCGUCGACGAGGCUCAUUGUAUUUCGCACUGGUAUGUUGUACUUGCCUUUUGACUACUACGCAUUAUGUUAGCGGUAUUAUUUUGUGUCAAAUUAUUAGCUAAUGAGUGAGCAGCAUUGACUAGGUAAAAGGUCGUGUUUGUAUAUAGUAUUUUUAAUGACUCUAAAUGAUUUCACGUAUGUAAAUCUGACCUGUCAGUUUGUUCUCGGCCUUUAUAAAAUAAUGUACCUAUGUAUUUCAGCUGUUGAUUCGCAAAUAAAAUACACAGGAAUGUUACGGUUUUAAUUCUGUUAUUUAUCAGACCCCAGUUUUUCAACAUUAGGUAAAGCUGUGCCCGAGGCCUUUAAUUAUCAAACCCCAACAAAAGUGCUCUGGGCCAAAUAAGGAAUUCCUCCUCUUCCCCCUGGGUUGUAUCUACAAGUAAAAUAAAUUGUACUUUAUAUGGCUCAGUGACAGAAUAUGAUUUUACCAUUGGCCUGAAUUCCGUCCAAUUACUUCGAGUCUUUAUUACUCCCUACCAUUCCCACUUGAGUCAACAAUUUUUUAUGAUUUUGGUUUGUGAUGACAAACUGAUAGCUUGCCAACUAACUAACUCUGUCAUUACAUCAUAACAUUUCCUGGUUGAGUGAAUAAAAGAAACCCAUUGAUCAUGACUCAAGCUUAAUACUUGGUACCAUUCACCUUUAUACAGCCAAGUAAACUUUAUUGCUACAAAGGGCUUCUGUGGUGUCUUGUCAAGAACAGUUUUGACCAAAGCAAACAGCAAGUAAAGACAUCCAGGGCCAGGUUGUUCGAAAGUGUUUGAGAUAUCUAGGGUUAGUGCAAAAAUUGCACUCAGACAUGAGAGCUUAAAAACUAAAUUCAGUGUACCGGUAAUUCCCUAAAAAGAAGAGAGUCCAAGAGAAUGCUUUCGAUAAAAAGAAAAACAAACUUGGGUUAAAAUUUAACCCCAGAUGAGAAAAUGAGUCAAAUUCAGGCUAUAGUGCUAACUGGUGUUCGAACAACUGGACCCUGAGCUAUAAGUGGUAGAGUGAUUUACUCAUUCUAUAUAUAAAAAAAUUAUAGUAGACUUCUAAGCCGUGUUGUUACUGUAAUCUAUUGUUUCCUUUUCUUUACUUGCACCUAACUGGCACCUGAUCGAUAUUGUUUUAUGGGUCUAGUAAAAUCACUCUGUUUUUUUGUUUAAAAACAAUUUUCAAAUAGCAGUGAUCGUUAAAACUGAUCUCUUUUUUUAAUUGUUGACAUAAUAGGUGCUAUAUCCAUCUCCAACAUUCCAACAUUCCAAAAUCUGUCCGACGUCCAAAGUGGUUAAAAUUCAUUGCUACAUGUAUAUACGAGAAAUGAACUAUAAUAUAAUAUUAUGUUCCAGCUACAUAAUAAUAGUAGUAGUAAAUAAUAAUAAUGCUUCUUUUUAUAUACAGGGUGUCUUCUUCCCUUAUGUUCUACACAAUACAUGUUUUGCUUUGCCUUGUGUCAUUCCAGAAAGUAUAUAUACUUCCAAAUGGUGGGCAAAAGAAAUUCCAAGGGGAGGGGGAUCCAAAAGCAGGCAAUUUCUGAGCAGGAGUUGAGGAAGGGGUGGGUUUUCAAGGUCUGUUUGCAAGGGGGCUCUAAGAAAGAUUGUUGAGUUUACUUUGUAAAUCAAAAUAAACAGCUUUUUAAUUGUGCAAGCUGUAUAAAUUUACUAACCAGUGUUUCAAUAAUGAAUAAAUAUUAUGCUUUCAGUAACGACCAUUUAAUGUAAUCAUGUGAAUGUUUUUUUUUUAAGGCUUACAAUUAGUUAUUAGCUAAGAAAGUCUUUUCUACCGAGCAAAUAGUAUUUAUUGAGCUAUGUGUCAAGAUUAAUAAAAAAAUUUGUUUCUCCUUUUGUUACAGAAACAAUUCCAUUUAGCCUGAAUUUCAUCCGAUUACUUCGAGUCGUUAUUACUCCCUCAGUUUGAGAGGAGAAAACGACUCGAAGCAGUUAGAUGAAUUUCAGGCUAAAUUCUAUUUAAAUCGUAUGGAUUUUGUGACAGAAAUAUGUUUUCCAGGGAGAGGCCCAAUGAAGAUGAAAAACUCAUGAACAUUCCAGGGGGUGGGGGAAUGAAAGGCAUCUGGGGGUCUGAAGCAAAAUUGCCCAUAGGGUGGUAUAUAGAUAUUUUCUGGAACUACACAUUAACAGUAUAAGUAUUAUAACAAUAUCAUUAUAAUUUAUUAAGAAGUGCCUCUGUUCACUUUUGUUAGGGGGCAGACUGGAAAUGCUGGUAAUGUGGCUUUCCGAAAAUGGUACUCUUUCUUAAAUGAACUGCGUUCGUUGGUUUCCAAUGGCUUGCCUUUCAUGGCUUUGACAGCAACAGCAUCAAAACAUACAAAGAGAGAGAUUUUUAGAGUGCUUGAGUUUACCACCCCUCAUGAAAUUGUUGAGAGUCCUGAUCGUAGAAAUAUUGUGUAUGUUUGUCAACAAAUAGACAGUGGACAAGAAAUAAACGACUAUUUUGGAUGGCUCAUUGAUGCAAUUAAAGAGAAAGGCAAGGAUGCCGAGCAGGUUUUAGUUUAUUGUCAAACUGUGAAACAGUGUGCAAGUCUGUAUCAAUUGUUCUCCAAUAACCUUGCCAAAUGUAUGUACUCUGACAAGUCAUUUAACCCCCAAAAAAGGUUGGUAGAAAUGCUGCACUCCAAGACACCUGAAUCUGUCAAAAACACAGUGUUGGAUUCUUUUAGAAGGGAGAAUGGCUUGAUCAGAAUUUUAUUUGCCACUAUGGCAUUUGGAAUGAGAGUGAACACAAAAGGGGUAAGAAGAUGCAUUCAUGUUGGUCCACCAAAGAACUUGGAGGCCUAUGUUCAGGAAAGCAGACGAUGCGGCAGGGAUGGAGAACAAAGUCAUGCAGUUGUCUUAUUUAAUGCUAAAUUAUGCACUCAUGUAGAGGAAAACAUGAAAGAGUACUUGGUCUCUAACGAUUGCGGAAGGAAAUUGCUUCAGCAGCCUUUCGAUCAAACUACAUCCUCCUUAGUUUCCUUAGUUUCCCAACCUUUGCUGUGACAACUGUGCAAGAAAUUGUAAAUGCAACCAACUAGGAUGCCCACCAGCCCUUAACGUGCCUUUGGAUAGGAAUCAAGAUGACAAACCCCUUACAAUAAAGCGUGAUGUCUCUACCGCUCAGAGGAAAAUACUACGUAAAAAGUUAGAAUGUUUACAGAAGUCUCUUGUUACAAAAUCUAUGCAAGGUGAUCAAAAAGAAAGAAGGGCUACUGUCCUAUCUUGCCCAAACUUUUUCCUUGAAUUUACAAAGACUCAAAUAGAACAAGUUUUGGAACAUUGUGCUUGUAUUGCCAGUAUUGAUGAUGUGAAAAGAAGUGCUGAAAUUUGGCAGCACAAACAUGCUGUUGAAGUUUGUAAAAUCUUCAGCGAAGUAUUUGAUGAUAUGAUACACAUGACCAGAAGUGAAGAUAGUGAUGAGAGUGAGGAGGACAAUGAUGAUCGUGAAGAUCUUAGUAUAUAUUUUUAG